ACCGCGUCGUGCACGUCGGUCUACGAUUCAGAUUCACGGGAUUCACGUUCAGUACGCUUGCCGCUCCGUACGUUUGUAAACAUUUUUCUUAUUGUUAUCGGGAUUGUUUUGCAUGCGGAUGCAUACCUGCUUGUGAAGUAGUUUUUAUUCUCUGGUGAACAUCAGUAAGGAUAACAUCUAAAGCAAUGCCCACUUGGAAUCAGAUUCAGGCCCAGCUUCGGCAUCCCAACAAUCCGGUAGUGUUUAUGGACAUUACAGUGGGUACCUCGGAAAUUGGCAGAAUGGUAUUUGAAUUGUUUGCGGAUGUGGUUCCGAAAACGUGCGAAAAUUUCCGUCAGUUUUGCACUGGCGAAUACAAAAAGGACGGAGUACCGGUCGGAUACAAAGGCUCAAGUUUUCAUCGUGUCAUUAAGGACUUUAUGAUUCAAGGUGGUGAUUUCGUAAAUGGUGAUGGAACAGGUGUGAUGAGCAUUUACGGUAACAGUACAUUCCCAGAUGAAGGUUUUCUGUUAAAACACGAAGCUCCAGGGCUAUUAUCUAUGGCCAACAGUGGGAAAGACACCAACGGUUGUCAGUUCUUUAUUACUUGCGCCAAGUGUAACUUUCUUGACUAUAAGCAUGUUGUGUUCGGACGAGUUCUAGAUGGGUUGCUAAUUAUGCGAAAAAUUGAAAAUGUGCCGACCGGUCCGAACAACAAACCAAAGCUGCCUGUAGUGAUUUCGCAAUGUGGACAAAUGUAAGGUAUUGAUUAGAUCGUCAGCUUAGCGUAUAAAAUAAUAUUGUAAACGAGCAAUGCAGUUAUUGCGGAUAAUAGUUGCACACCUGACACUAAUGAUA